GCGCCUGGCUAGGCCGAGGCUCGUUGACGAGCGCGAGCACUUUGAAUGCAAUGAUUGAGUAACAUGUAUGUGUACAUUUAUUUUGCAACGCUCGCAGGCGUAAACCGAGCGGUGUGGUCAGCAUGUUAUGUAUAAUAUAUCUACCAGCAUGUGGAAAUGUAGAAGUUGAAUAUUAACUACUAUACUCCAGUGGCUUAUUAGUGUGUGUGUGCGUGUGUGUCCUAGGUCUCCUCAGCCCAAGGCAUCACCUGUCAGUAUGUCUGCAGACGGCAUUGAGCCAGUGUCCCCUGCAGGAGCCAUGUCUGAACCAGAGACACAAGGGGCCUCCUACCCCAACGAGCAGGGCAUGGGCUCUCGCUCCCCUCCCAGCACCUCCCAGCCCCCAGCCUUCUUCAGCAAGCUCACUGAGAGCACCUCGGCCAUUGUCAAGUCCAAGAAACAGGAGAUGAUCAAGAAGAUGACCGUGGUCGGCAGUGACGCUGAUUUCAAUGCUGGCCAGCCAGGAACAGAGAUUUUCAACAUGCCUGCUUCUACCACUGCAGGACCUGUGAGUAUCCGCAGCCACCCGGCUCCCGAGGUGUCCGGUAACACCAUAGGGCUGGAGGCCAUUAUCAGAAAGGCCCUGAUGGGAAAGUAUGAUGACCAGGCCGAGGAGCGCCCUCCCUCCUCCAAUGCUAUUAACCCCAUGGUUGCCAGUGUGCCUCCCGCUAUGCUCCCCGCUGAUGGACGGACGGAGGACUCUUACUCACUGCAAGUUGGGGGGAAACCAAAGGGCAGCGGGCGUUCUAACGGACGGAAGGCCAAAUCCCCCGGGCCGGGCCUGUCAGGGGGGGAGAGACCCUCCUCUGUGUCCUCUGUCCACUCUGAGGGGGAUGCCAACCGCCGCACGCCCGUCACCAACCGUGUCUGGGAGGACCGGCCCUCCUCCACAGGUUACUUGGCUGCCCCCCCCACUGCCCCUCUCACCUCUAUCAACAUCUCAUCUCUCACUGCACCUCUCACCUCUAUCAACAUCUCAUCGCUCACUGCCCCUCUCACCUCUAUCACAUCUCAUCUCUCACUGCACCUCUCACCUCUAUCAACAUCUCAUCUCUCACUGCACCUCUCACCUCCUAUCAACAUCUCAUCUCUCACUGCACCUCUCACCUCUAUCAACAUCUCAUCUCUCACUGCUCCUCUCACCUCCUAUCAACAUCUCAUCUCUCACUGCCCCUCUCACCUCUAUCAACAUCUCAUCUCUCACUGCCCCUCUCACCCUCUAUCAACAUCUCAUCUCUCACUGCACCUCUCACCUCUAUCAACAUCUCAUCUCUCACUGCCCCUCUCACCUCCUAUCAACAUCUCAUCUCUCACUGACCCUCUCACUCCUAUCAACAUCUCAUCUCUCACUGCACCUCUCACUCUAUCAACAUCUCAUCUCACUGCCCUCUCACCUCCUAUCAACAUCUCAUCUCUCACUGCCCCUCUCACCUCCUAUCAACAUCUCAUCUCUCACUGCCCCUCUCACCUCUAUCAACAUCUCAUCUCUCACUGCCCCUCUCACCUCCUAUCAACAUCUCAUCUCUCACUGCCCCUCUCACCUCUAUCAACAUCUCAUCUCUCACUGCACCUCUCACCUCUAUAA